GAGAGUCCAACUCACAAAGGCACACACGGCGCAGCCCAACAACCACCACCGUCAACAGGUCCCUUCCGUUUCCGUCUCCUCCCCAUCCUCCCCAACUCCGUCCCGCCGCCCACCUCCCACGGGAACCGCCGCCGCGCCCCAUCCGCGUCCCCGCUACGCCACCGGAGCGAACCGGCCCGAUCGGACGGGCGGGGGAGGCGGCGGCGCCUCCCGACCUCGCUCCCACCUCGCCUCCCCGACCGGACCGGCGGCCCCCGUCGGAAGAUGCAGGGCGGCGUCUCCGGAUUCCAGAACGCGCCGGUGACGCGGGCGGUCGUCGUCGCCAGCGGCCUCCUCUCCGUUAUCUUCAGCGCGCAGCGCCGCGGCCGCGCCCUCGGCAUCUCAUACCAGGAAAUUAUAACGAAUUUCCGUUUAUGGAAGAUAUUCCCAUCUGCAUUUGCUUUCCAGUCAACACCAGAGUUAAUGUUUGGACUGUACCUUCUCUAUUACUUCCGUGUGUUUGAGAGGCAGAUAGGAUCUAACAAAUACUCGGUUUUUUGCUUGUUCACUAUCACAGUGUCAUCACUUCUUGAGAUCCUAUCAUUGGUUAUCCUGAAAGAUACAAACUACAUCAGCACACUUGCAUCUGGACCUUAUGGUCUUAUAUUUGCCUCAUUUGUUCCAUUCUUUCUUGACAUUCCGGUCUCAUCACGAUUCCGUAUCUUUGGCCUAAAUUUCAGCGACAAAUCAUUCAUUUACCUAGCUGGUCUUCAGCUUCUUUUAUCUUCUUGGAAGCGCUCCCUUAUUCCUGGUAUAUUUGGUCUGGUUGCUGGUUCGCUCUAUCAUCUAAAUGUGUUUGGCAUCCGCAAAAUGAAGAUCCCACAGGUCAUUUCAUCAUUUUUUGCAAGAUACUUUGCCCCUUCACCAGGAAGUACACCUCGUCCUUCCAGGACUGUUGUUGGAAACACACCGUCUCAAACAGGCCGUGCUGUUCAGAAUCAGCCAUCAACUGGAUUCGCACCUAUGGUGGAACCUCCAGAGUCCUCUGUUGCUAUGCUGGUCUCAAUGGGCUUUGAUGGCAAUGACGCUAGACAGGCACUUAUGAGAGCUAGAAAUGACAUCAAUGUGGCAACGAACAUCCUACUGGAAGCACAGUCUCGUUGAACUGACCUACUGCAACUUCAUUGGCCAACCAUCGAGGGCGGAACUGGUUUCGUUCCAAGAUGAACAGACGAUUUGACACGUUGGACUACAAAUUCUACCAUGAUUUGGAGUUGUUUGAUGUCUCCUUCGAGGUCUACAGUUUAGGAAAUCAGCAGACAUUUGCAUCAGUUAGCUUGAUCGCGUCAAUACUUAGAUUGCUCCAACCGUACAGGCAGAAUGUACUAUUCCAAUUUCAGCUUGUAAGAUAGAUGAUAUAUACAUUCAUAGUGUAAAAUUCAUCAGAGGUUUACAGCUUUCAAACUGAUUGUGGAUCA